CGUCUGGAAACAAAAUUACCCAGCCCAGCCAACACUAUCCAGUCUAUAAUCCAAUCCUAGCAAAGACCGAGGAAUCUGCGAAGAGAGCUGGUGGAUGGCACCUGACAGUACUUGAAAUUGGUUGUCAUCGAAAUUCUGCAACUAAGCUCCGUACACAUUCACAAGAAUCAAAAUUGAACCAUGCUGCGGAAGCGUGCCCUCACCCAGGCUACUGAAAUUCUCAAGCACAAUGACGCCGUACUCCCAUGUCGGUCAUAUGUAUCCUACCUGUUUCCAUCGAAGAGGAGCUCUCGACGAUUAUUGCACCUCCUAGGUGGCGUACUUUUUGUCGUCUACGGUCUCUUCCCUACUGCCUUCUACUUCUCCGGCUGGUUCCGUAGGUUCAUGAUCUUCGGACACUACAUCAACUGGCCGAUGAUCGCGAGUUUCACAAACACAGAGUACUAUGGCCUUCCGGUCACCCGUCCUUUCUUUGUGGCCUCCACCGAUCAUGUGCUUCUGGGCACUUGGCACGUCAUGCCCAAAAGCCAGUGGUCGAGGUGCUCCUCUGGGAUCAACCCAAACACAGAAUUCGACGACGACCGGCCCGUGAUCAUCUACUACCAUGGCCACGCUGAGACGAGGGCUACGGACUACAGAGUACAACUCUACAAGACUUUGUCUCAGAGUGAAGUCGAUGCUCACGUUAUCACAUUUGAUUACCGUGGUUUUGGAGAUUCUACAAAUGUAAUGCCGUCGAAAAAAGGUGUCAUCGAAGAUUCACUUGCAGUGUACAACUGGGUGAAGGAGCGGGUGCCACGGUCGCGAAUCAUCGUCUGGGGCCAUUCGCUCGGCACCGGAGUUGCUGUCCAACUGGGUGAAAUUUUUGCGGCUCAACACGAUAACCCAGCUGCGAUUGUUCUCGAAGCCCCCUUUAACAGCUUGAAAGAGGCGGCAUUGAAGUGGCCGCUCGGUCUGCCGUUCCGAUACAUUCCAGGAGCAGAAAAAUUAGUCGAACGUUUGGCAGACGACGGUACAUACUUCGAGUCGGAACAAAAGGUUGGACGAAUCACGGCACCAACGUUGGUGAUGCAUUCAAAAGAUGACCCUCUAGUACCAUACGAGCUAGGUAGAAAAUUGUUCGAAAGACUGAAGAUGGAUCGUCGGUCGGAUGUUCCACCUGCAGAAUUUUACGACGUGGACAGCAGCGUCGGUCCUGGCCACAGACGAAUCUACAAGGAUCCCAACUUCCCGAACAUGGUCUCAAAGUUCAUCGGAAAGUGGACACAAUAAAUUUAUGACAGUGCAUUUAUGUGUUUCGUUUUACGCGAGGUUUCCUGCCAAUUUCUGCAGUAUUGUUUUUUUAUUUAUUUAUUUGUAUUUAUUGACUCAGUCACGUAACAUAGGACCAACUGUUUUUUACGAUCGUAGGAUCAUGUUGUUGCAUGUGCAUCUUAUUUAUUUCAUUACUGAUUACUUUUCUUGCAACACUGCUUUGAAGUGUGGCACUAAACACAAUGAACUGAUAUCAAUACUCAAAUGCCCUAUGAAUGGUGACUACUCUGUGUACUAGUUUGACAUUCCUGUUACAAGUUAUUUUGGUUUUUACAGAUUUAUCCCACAUUAAACAUUUUUAAAACUA